CUCCAUGGUGAAGCUAAGCCCAAGACACGCACAGACACACUGACUUCCAAGCCAAGCUAAUUAGCCACAUUGGCCAUGGCGAGGAGGUUUGUGCACAUUUACCUGCUUGGGGAAGGAGGAGGAUACCAUUAGAAUCGCCCCCACACCCCACCCCAUAAAUAAAGAGGUCUCAAAAGAAAAAGAUUGGAGUGUGAAGAAGCCUUGAAGAGCAACAAAACUCUCUCUCUCUCUCUCCCCUCUCUCUCUCUCUCUCUCUCUCUGUGCCAGUCUAGCGAUCUUUUUAGACCCCCCCUCCCUCUCUGUUUCUCUCUCUCUCUUUCACCCUGAAAUAGAGGAAGCAGAGGAACCAGAGGAGUUUAAUGUGCACCCGCACAUCUCCUUAGACCCUCACUCUCUCUCUCUCUCUCUUCUCUCUCUCUCUCUCUGUAGAGAAAAACUGGAACUUUCUUGCUGCAUUACAUUACUCUGUUCAGAGACAACCCGUUGGACCAUUUGAGGUUCUCCUCUUCAUUUCCUUCUGGGGAUUACUACUCUGGAACGAAGCGCUUUUGUGGAGCUCUUCCAAUUAAAACACCUACGCCUCUCUCUCUCUCUCUCCCUCGGCUGCUUCUGUUUGUCAGAUCUGUUUUAGGACCGCCUCUCCCUUUUCUUAUCUUUUCAAUAACUCAGUCCCGGUUUGUUCCAUUUAAGUGUAACUCAAAUGAGUAAAGAAGAGUUCAUGAAGAUCCAGACUUGUGUUCUAAAAGUGAACAUACACUGUGAUGGCUGUAAGCAGAAAGUGAAGAGCAAAUUGCAGAAAAUUGACGGGGUGUACACCAUCAAAAUAGAUGCAGAACAGGGCAAAGUGACCGUUUCAGGGAACGUAGACCCAACUCUACUCAUCAAGAAGCUCAAUAAAUCAGGCAAACAUGCUGAGCUUUGGGGCGCUCAGAAGUCCAACAACAACAACCACCUCAACAACCAGCUCAAGAACAUGCAAAUUGAUAAUGGCAAAGGUGGAAACAAGGGCCAAAAGGGCGGUGGCGGAGGUGGUGGAAACAACCAGCCUAAGGGUGGUCAGAACCUCCCGAACCAGCAGCAGCUUCCACAUCUGACCCCGCAGCAGAUUCAACAUCUGAACCAGCAGCAGCAGCUUCAGCAGCAGCUUCAGCAGCUCCAGCAGAUGAAAGCGUUGCAAGAUCUCAAGCUGCCCCAAUUCAAGGACCUCAAGAUGCCCUCCAAGGACCCGGGUCCGAUCCUGAACCAGAAAGGAGGAGGGAAAUUCAUUCUGCCCGAGGAUGAGGAAUUCACUGAUGAUGAUUUCGAUUAUGAUGAAGAUGAUGUUUUUGAUGAUGAGGAUUUUGAUGAUUAUGAUGAUGCUUACCCCCCAGCACCCACCAAGACGAAGCCAAUGAUGGGCAAUGGCCAGAUGCCCAACAUGAUGAUGCUGAAUGAGAUGAUGAAUGGGAAUCAUGCCCAGCAGCUCUUGAAUGCAAAGGGUGGGGGAAAUGUUGGAGCUAGUGCUGGUAAUAAUGGCAAGAAAGGAGGCGGUGGUGGAGGUGCGCCUAUUCCGAACAAUGAUGGCAAAAAUGGGAACGGUGGGAAAAAAAGGCGAGGAGGAAAUAAUCAAAACCAAGGUGGCGGUGGUGGUAAAAAUGGUGGCAAGAACGGGGUGAUGCCAAAAAUGGUAACCAUGGCGGUAACCCUAACAACAAGAAUGGCGGUGGUGGUCCUAGCGUUAACAUCAAUGGGAAUGGCGGCAAAAAGGGUGGCGGAAUGGAAAAUGGGUUCCUCCACAUGGGUGAUGUUGCUAAUGGCAGUGGUGGGCAGAUGGGUGGUAUAAAUUCCAAUGGGUCAUAUGGGCAGCAUGCCAAGCAAUUUCCCGGCUGUCCCAGGCCUCCCAGCCGGCUCGCUGGGCGGCGGCGGCGGCAGCAGAGGAGUGGGCGGAGCAGAUGGCUACUUCCAUGGCGCCGGGCUGGAAGUCAUGCCCGGAAAUCCUUACCACCAGCAGCAACAGCAGCAGCAGCAGCAGCAGCAGCAGCAACAGCAGCAACAACAGCACUACUUAGCUCAAGUGAUGAAUCAGCAGAGGGCUAUGGGCAAUGAGAGGUUCCAGCACAUGAUGUACGCCCGGCCGCCGCCAGCUGUCAACUAUAUGCCACCGCCGUACCCAAACCAGUACCCAAACCCGAACCCAAACCCAUAUGCCGGCUCAUACCCAUACCCGCCACCGCCCUCCCACACGGAGGGGUACAGCUACUUCAGCGAUGAGAACCCAUCAAGUUGCAAUGUGAUGUGAGAGACUUUGCUGCUGUUGAAAGUGGUGUUUUGGUCUUUAAGUGUUCGUGGUGGUAACUGAGAAUCUCAUGUUAUAUUACACUUGCUGAUGGGUUUUCUAUCUCUUUUGCCUUCUUCCUUCUAAAAUUUUAGUUUCCUCUUCCUUUCCCCUUCCCCUCAUAUCCUAAGGCAAAAGAUGUAGGGUUAUUAAAUCUGUAAUAGAGAUAAAAGGUAAUGUAAGUUUCAAUUAGGGAGGGAGGUACUUUGAGAAAUA